AUGAGAACGACGACGAAGGCAAAGGCUGGAAGGGUUAUGAAUAAUCUUGAAUUACCAGAGGCAGCGAGGGCGGAGGUGUGGCUCAGGACCUGCACGACCUCUCACGGCCCCCCGCAGAUCGUAAUCACCAGCGACGUCAUUGCUCGCCUCCCAGCUCCUCCAGUUUUCGUGCGAUAUCCGCCAGAAAUGUCUCGAAAAUUAUCUGGACGCGAGGGUGCGAUCGUUCGCUUACGUAAUGGCCAUGAAGGGGAGGACGAGGACGAGCAGACAGUCGCCCACUCGCUCCACCAGCCAUCCCGUCAGUUUUCAGCCCUUGCCUCUGUCCUUCCUGCCACCACUUGCUCCUCCUCGUCCCCGCAGACGCCUCUCCCCGUCCCACCGCCCCACCCAUUGCCUCUACUCCCAGAUGUCCUUCGUCAAAUUAAGCAUAUUUGGCACAUCAUUCGAGGCACGUAUCUUCUCAUCGAUCCAUUUCCCCCUCCCUCUCCCUUGCAGCUCCUACUCACUCUUCAAGACAGGUCACCACUCGAUAUGUCGACCUUCAGCCUGUCGGAAUGGCGUUCUCUUAUCCUCCCAUCUCCAGGUGCCUUUGGUCUUGUCUGCUCGGCAAAAGACCAGCUUACAGGAUCGUCGGUUGCGAUCAAGAAGAUCAUGAAGCCUUUCAGCACCCCUGUCCUCUCCAAGCGCACCUACCGCGAGCUGAAGCUCCUCAAACACAUUCAGCACGAAAAUAUCAUCAGUCUCAGUGAUGUUUUCAUCUCACCACUGGAAGACAUCUAUUUCGUCACGGAGCUCCUUGGUACUGACCUUCAUCGUUUACUUACCUCACGACCGCUCGAGAAGCAAUUCAUUCAAUACUUCCUAUACCAAAUACUCCGAGGCCUUAAAUAUGUCCACUCGGCCGGUGUGGUCCAUCGAGACCUGAAACCGAGCAACAUUCUCAUCAAUGAGAACUGCGAUCUCAAGAUUUGUGACUUUGGCCUUGCGCGAAUUCAAGAUCCGCAAAUGACUGGCUAUGUCUCAACGCGGUACUACCGCGCACCGGAGAUCAUGCUCACUUGGCAAAAAUAUGACGUCGCGGUAGAUAUCUGGAGUGCAGGAUGCAUCUUCGCAGAGAUGCUCGAGGGCAAACCGCUCUUCCCUGGAAAAGACCAUGUACAUCAAUUCUCCAUUAUUACGGAACUUUUGGGCACACCCCCAGAAGACGUCAUCCAGACUAUUGCAAGCGAGAACACCCUGCGAUUCGUGCAGAGCUUACCCAAACGGGAACGAGUGCCGUUCAGCGAGAAGCUGACAUGUAAAGACCCAGUUGCGAUCGAUCUGCUCGAGAAGAUGCUUGUGUUCGACCCUAGAAAACGAAUCGAUGCAACUGACUCGCUUGCGCACGAAUAUGUAGCCCCAUACCACGAUCCGACUGACGAGCCAGAGGCAGCAGAAAAAUUCGACUGGAGUUUCAAUGAUGCAGAUUUACCCGUCGACACGUGGAAGGUCAUGAUGUAUAGCGAGAUCCUCGACUUCCACCAGGUCGGCGACUCCCGGCUCGGUGAGGGCGUUCCCGAAGGCGCGCUCGCAGCACCUGAGGACCCAGUACCCACACCGAUUUCAGCAAGUGCAGAGUAA